CCAGGGCGGAAGUGCCUGCGGCGGAAGUGAGCGCUCCGGUAGGCGUGGGCGGGAUGGCAGCGGUACAGCGCUGGCUGAGGCGGCUUCGAACGCCCCUCAGUUCUAAGGCCCAGAAGUCACUCCAGGGUGCGCCCUUUUCCAGGGCCCUGCACGCGGGGCCCGAGCCCCGAAGGCUCUCCAUCGAAGGCAACAUUGCUGUGGGAAAGUCUACCUUUGUGAAGUUACUCAUGAAAACUUAUCCAGAGUGGCAUGUAGCUGCAGAGCCUGUAGCAACAUGGCAGAAUAUCCAGGCUGCUGGCAUGAAAAAAGAUCAAACUACCCAAUGUCUUGGAAACUUGCUGGACAUGAUGUACCAGGAGCCAGCUCGAUGGUCCUAUACAUUCCAGACAUGCUCUUUUAUGAGCCGCCUGAAAGUACAGCUGGAGCCCUUCCCUGAGAAACUUUUACAGGCCCAGAAGCCCAUGCAGAUCUUUGAGAGGUCUGUGUACAGUGACAGGUACAUCUUUGCAAAGAAUCUUUUUGAAAAUGGCUCCCUCAGUGAUGUUGAAUGGCAUAUCUAUCAGGACUGGAAUUCUUUUCUCCUUCGAGAGUUUGCCAACCGGCUCUCCCUACAUGGCAUCAUCUACCUACAAGCUGCUCCCCAGCAGGAAUUGAACUCAGAGGACCUUGUGCUUGCCAGGCAGAUCUGUUUGAAGAGAUUGUACCAGAGAGCCAGGAAGGAAGAGAAAGGAAUUGAACUGGCCUAUCUGGAGCAGCUUCAUGAUCAGCACGAAGCUUGGCUUGUUCACAAGUCAACCAAACUCCACUUUGAAGCUCUGCAGAACAUCCCAGUGUUGGUGUUGGAUGUCAAUGAUGACUUUGCUGAAGAAGUAACCAGACAAGAAGAACUCAUCAGAAAGGUAGACACCUUUGUAAAGAAUCUGUAACCAGCAGUAGGAUGUUCUAGCUGUGAUUUGGGCUCUCUGCGUUCUGAAGCUAGAAAAUGUUGAGUGUUCCACCCACCUUCCCGUCCUCUUCCUCUUUUCCUUAAAGUACUCUGACACUCAGGCGGAUAGUUCCUGCUAUUUUUAGACUUUGCUAUUGUCUUUUUACAUUAUAUAUGUCAAGGACUUUGAAAAUAAAACUGUCUUAAAUUUUCCUCAUUUUUUUGAAUUUAGUUGUUGAUUUAUUUCAGGAUGUAGCUAUUGGCCAUAGACUAGGAAUUUUCAUCUGAGAAAAGUCUGCACCCUUCUUGCUUUGGAGUCCUUUACCAACCUGAUAGCCCAUGUGUUCCCCUGUUCCCUCUGACCUGCCAGGGCAGGAAUUGCUCCCAGCACUCUGAACCAAGCCCUGCCAUGCAUGAAGGAGGAAGCUAAAGCAGUUCAGGAGUGGGCAGGCAUGCAAGUGUGAGCCCUUAGAACUGGGAAGGUGAGCCAACCUCCAGGAAGUGGUACAGGGGAUACAAAUGAAGAGUUCAGUCUUUUGCUCUGGAGCUGAAGAGGCAGGCCAAAAGAAUGGGAGAGAUCAUUAAGAGCCUAAACGUUUAGCAUCUGACUCUUAGUGUUGGCCAUUCUAGCACUCUGACUUUACCCAGUGAAUUUCAGGUUACCUUUAUGGAGUGAAUAUUUCUGCAAGAAAGGAAGAAAAUAAUUUUUGUGCUGCUUGUCAAGCUUCAAGGAGAAUUUGUUGUUAAGGAGGAAAAGUACCUGGGUUCAUAGAACUAAAGUGCACCCUUGCAGGAAGCCCACAGGCCCAUUCUUCACCAGGAGGGGUUUUUCUACACUGAGCCCUUGACAACUCCACAGGCACAUGGGAAAAUGAAGUUGGGACUCAGUAUGCACUAGAAGACAGAAGAAAUACGUUUCUCUCCUUCAUGCUUUGGAAAAAUAGUGUGAGACUACUUUCUAACAAAUAGGUAAAGUUUGGGAAAAGUUCAAUUUUUUCCCACUUAAAAUUUAUGACUUUAUUGAUAUAUAAUUCAUAUGCCACACUAAUGUAUUCAUUUAAAGUAUACAAUCCUAUGGUUUUUAGUAUAGUUGCUGGGUUUUACAACCUACAUAAAAUUUUAGAACAUUCACAUCACUCCUAAAAAAACCACAUGUCCUUCC